AUCGAGGAGAGGGGAGGAGGCCGGGGGAGGGGAGGGGGAAGUAAAACGUGUUACCAGGGAUGUUGCAGAGAGUGGAAAGAAAAUCGUUGGGCAAAGAAAAAUCGGCUGGAUUCUGCAUACAGUCUGCGUUGAGUUGCGAGUUCACGUUCUCGUGAAAAUAGACGUGCACGAGCACGAAGCGCGUUUCUGUUCUACAGGCUCACUACAUUUGCUCACGCUAUGGCAGACGCGACCAAGUGGAUUGCACGGAUUGUCCUUUGUAACACGGCCAGUGACGAGCAAAUACUGGUGUGCACGGCACGAUGACAAUCGUCACCGUGUUCGCAGCGAAAUACUUGUUAAGCGGAUGAGAUUCUGUAGCGUCGGUUAAGUAUUGGCCGAAUAUUUAACAGUCGGUGGGAUCCAGGUUGCUGACCGACAACCGAUCAAUUUCGCGCGGUUCCACCGAUCCAGUGUUUUUUUUUUUUUAUUCCCUCUUUCAGAGCAUCCCAGGGAUUA